AUGGAAAAGUUUGGUUUUCACAAAGUUACUGGCGGUUCGUCUGGAAGUCCCACGAUUUCACACAACCGCCCGCACCAGCAACCGCCGCCUACUAGGCAGUUCCGCAAGGAACUUAAGGUGGCAAAUUGUCCUCAAACGGCCAUGACAAGUUGCGCUUUGGGCAACCGAGUUGCGGUUCUGCCACUGGAUUUUCCGGAAAUUCCCAAUGAUACGCCAAUUUUGAUGGACGGUCAGUUUGUCUAUUCGAUUUACAAGGACGAGAGCACGGUUCCGGGCACAAUUGGGUUGGCAGGUCAUAUGAGGCUGUGGGGCCGGUGGUCGUUGGAUCAAGUGGUGCGAGUUGGUUCGUUCAAUAUUUUUCAAAAUAACCAACACGCGGCCUAUUUGGGAGCAGCCGAGAUCUCUGUGGACUUCAAGUCGCGGUCCAAGGCCCAUGAUCGGCCCAUCAAGCAUGACCAGCUCGUGGCGAGGUUUUUGGCCACUUAUGAGAAUCAGGUGUUGCAACCAUCGCAGCCAAUUGUGAUGGAUUUCGAGGGCAAUGUGCUCCAGCUCGUGGUCACGGGCGUGCAGGUGAUAGACCUUGACCAGCUUCUGGCCGACGUUCAUAUGGAAACCCGGUUUGAUGCCAAGGGAAUUUUGAUUCAACAGACAAAAGCGUUUUUUGCGCCGCGUGAGGGAUCGGUGAUUAAUAUCUCGGGAAGCGGCAGAAACAGGCCCAGAGCUAACCCGAUCAUCAACCCGGACUUUAAGCUUGAAACCAUGGGCAUUGGAGGAUUGGAGCAGGAAUUCUCACAGAUUUUCCGUCGUGCUUUUGCCAGUAGAAUAAUCUCGCCGGAUCUCGUAGAAAAAUUGGCGUUGCGCCAUGUUAAGGGUUUGUUGCUUUACGGGCCGCCAGGAACCGGUAAGACGUUGAUUGCUCGUCAGAUUGGAAAAAUGUUGAAUGUGAAAGAACCAAAGGUGGUCAACGGACCGGAAAUGCUCUCCAAGUACGUGGGUGCCUCGGAGGAAAACAUUCGUAAUCUCUUCAAGGACGCCGAACAGGAAUACAAGCAAAAGGGCGAAAACUCCCAGCUCCACAUCAUCAUUUUCGACGAGCUCGAUUCGGUGUUCAAGCAGCGUGGUCUGGCCAAAUCUGAUGGAACCGGCGUCGGAGACAACGUAGUCAACCAGUUGUUGGCCAAGAUGGACGGUGUGGACCAGUUGAACAACAUUUUGAUCAUUGGAAUGACAAACCGGUUGGAUUUGAUCGAUAAUGCGUUGCUUCGUCCCGGUCGGUUUGAGAUCCAGAUUGAGAUUUCGUUGCCUGACGAAAAGGGAAGAAGAGAUAUUCUUGCGAUUCACACAGCAAAAAUGAGAGAAAACAACUUGUUGGCUCCAGAUGUGGAUCUCGAAGAACUCGCUUCGCUCACGAAAAAUUUCACCGGUGCUGAACUCGAAGGCCUUUGCAACUCGGCCACUUCGUUUGCAAUCAACAAGCACACUAAGACUGGUUCUGUGGCUCAGGUUGAUACCAAUAUCGAGAAAAUGCAGCUUACAAGAAACGACUUUUUGAAUGCGCUCAACGAGGUUCGUCCUGCGUUCGGAGUCAACGAAGAAGAUCUUGCCAAAAAUGCUCCUCAUGGAAUCAUUCCGUUUUCUCUGCAUAUCGGGGCUAUUUUCGACAAGGGAAGAGCAUUCAUUGAUGAAGUCAAGUCAUCGGAAACCGAAAGACUCAUUUCCAUUCUCUUCCACGGUGCCCCAGGAUCGGGAAAAACAGCGAUUGCUCUGACAUUGGCAUUGCAAUCGGAGUUCCCUUUCAUUAAGAUGCUUUCGGCCGAAAGUCUCGUGGGAAUGCUGGAGCCCAUGAAAAUCGCUACCAUUGAUUCUACGUUCCGUGAUGUCUACAAGUCGCCGUUGAACAUUCUUGUCAUCGACAAGAUCGAGACCUUGAUCAACUACGUGCCUAUUGGACCUCGGUUUUCCAACGACAUUCUCCAGACCCUCAUGGUGAGUCUCACAAAACAACCUCCCAAUGGCCGAAGAUUGUUGAUUAUUGGUACCACUUCCCAGUAUUCUGUGUUGAAACACAUGAACUUGGUGGACUGUUUCACAAACACCAUUGCUGUCAACCAAGUGACGCAAACAGACGAACUCAUGAAAAUCAUGGAAAAAAUAGGAUUCAUGUCCGAUACCGCUAGACACCAAAUAGUGCAACAGCUUGAAGAAAGUGCUUCUUCCGACGAGCCGCCGCUUCGUUUAGGCGUGAAAAAACUCUUGCAGGUGUUGAUGAACGCACGCUACUUGAAGGCGGACGUUCCUAUGGUGGUGGAAAACAUCAUCGAAGCACACAUGGCUUAG